AUGGUUCUCUUUUUCACAUCUACAGCUACCACACCUCCCGCAAUCAUCUACAUGGGGCGCGACAAGGUUGAAAAUGAGGAGCUCAUUAGAUAUGCCUGGCCACAGGACGUCUGGUUCCACGUCGACAAACUAUCAUCAGCCCAUGUUUAUUUACGAAUGCCUGAUGGAAUGGCUUGGGAGAGUAUUCCCGCAGAGCUUUUAACAGACUGUGCUCAGUUAGUGAAAGCUAAUUCGAUUGAAGGCAACAAAAAGGAUAACUUAACGAUCAUCUACACGCCAGGUGACAACUUGAAGAAAACGGGUGAUAUGGCUGUAGGUCAAGUGUCAUUCCACAACGACAAGAAGGUCAAACGAGUACACGUACCUCAACGCGAAAACGCCAUUGUGAACCGUCUCAACAAGACGAAGGAUGAGCGACAGGUCGAUCAUGAACAAGAAAGAAUAGACCGCAUCAAGAAGGAGAACGCCAUACGGAGGGCAGCAGCAGCCGAGAAGGUGCACCCCUUCCACCUUCGAGCUUUUGCCUUUUCUAAUAUGAGCACCUAG